AUGUCAAUCAGUCCUAUCUAUCUAUCUAUGUCUGUCAUAUCUAUCUAUCUAUCUAUCUAUCUAUCUAUCUAUCUAUCUCAUUUGUUCAUAUCUAUCUAUCUAUCUAUCUAUCUAUCUAUCUAUCUAUCUAUCUAUCUAUCUAUCUCUCUUUAUGCCGAUCUAUGUAUCUAUAUCCUCUAUUCAUAUCUUUCAUAUUUUUCAUAUUUUUCUUAUGUCAUCUAUCUAUUUCUAUCUAUCUAUCUAUCUAGUUCUCAUCUAUCUAUCUAUCUAUCUAUUAUAAUCUAUCUUAUUCUUAUCCACUAUAACUAUUUUUCUAAUCAUAAUGUUAAUCUGUUCAUAUCUAUUCAUAAUGGUAAUCUGUUCAUAUCUAUCUAUCUAUCUAUCUAUCUAUCUAUCUAUCUAUCUAUCUAUCUAUCUAUCAUUUUUAUAAGUCUUCUGCUAUCUAUCUAUCUAUCUAUCUAUCUAUCUAUCUAUCUAUCUAUCUAUCUAUCUAUGCCUAUCAUUCCAUAUAUGAUUACUGUUUACUCGACUUUAACUGGAAUAUUUGAUGUUAUACUAUCUAUCUGUCUAUCUAUCUCAAUCUAUUCUUACAUAAUCUAUCUAUCUAUCUAUCUAUCUAUCUAUCUAUCUAUCUAUCUAUCUAUUCUGUUUUAUCUAUCUAUCUAUCUAUCUAUCUAUCUAUCUAUCUAUCUAUGUCUAUUUAAUUCAUCCUUUUAUCUACCACUUCCUCUUUCUAACUAUGAAUCUAUAUGGUUCAUGUUUCUCUCUCUCUCUCUCUCUCUCUCUAUCUAUCUAUCUAUCUAUCUAUCUAUCUGUUUAUAA